CCGGAGCGGGCGGGCUGAUGCAGACGCUCGAUUAUGACGAGGUCGACUAUACGCCGGUCGACGAUCCGAUUGCGCGGCAGGACGCUGAGGACGCGUGGUUCGCCGACGAGGCGCCUAGUGGCGGCGGCGGCGCGACGGGGAAUGGCGCACAUACGGGCGACAAACAGAUGGAGAAUGGGCAGGGCGAGUACGAUUAUUGAGCGGGGCGAGGAUACGCGGCAGGGUGUUGGGUGCGCCGACGACCGUCUCGUGCUGCGCGGCUCGUAUAGAGGCAGGCAACCCUAGGACAUCUGCGAUGGAUCAGGCGUUCCACCUCGAAGCGGAGCUCUGUUGUGCGAGUGGAUACCACGCGCUCACCUGCUAUCCUCUACAUUGACAGGGCGACGCGACGCAGCUCUCAAGCUUGGAGUUGUGAUGGUCUGCAUCAAUGCUUACAAAUGAGUUUAUGCCUAGUAAAUGCUGUGCCGG